AUGUUGCUGCUUGGUCACAGACGCAAAACGGAAGCGGCCACCAUCCAAAAACAAAGUCCAAGUCAUCUUUUCUACUAUAUCGAUACCCGGAACGGGAUACUGUCCGACGGAGCGAGUAGCCACUGGGUGGUGAAAUCACAAAGAAUGCGGUCCGGAUCAAAAAUUCUUUACCUUUUCAUUUACAUCCUCGCCGAAAUCCUCUGCGUGUGCGAAGCAGCCUCGGCAUCGAUCAAUGAACCAGCCGAAAUAAUGCCUCGAGCGGGUUCGUGGACGCGAAGGCGGUGGCGCAACGGGCUGAUGAAAUAUUGCUUCGAUGUCCAAAACCCAGCCAAACGGAAGGAAUUGGAAGAAAUAUUUGACGAUGGAUGGGCGGUAUGGGCAGAGCAUCAAGGCUUUCCCUUGCGAAGACAGAAGCUGGCCAACUGCCCUGACACGGUGGGAGAAAGAAAAGAUACUCUCGUUGUUAAGUUGACAGACUCAAGUCCAACCACCACUGUUGGCAACAAUGGAGAGGCUGAGAUGAAGUUUAAUGUUGAUUUCAAGGGUGCGGACAAGAACAUAGUCCACACAAUGGUUCAUGAGCUGGGUCAUGCCUUUGGGCUCAUUCACGAGCAUCAAAAGCCCGGAGCAGAAAAGCACAUCACAUUCAAAUGCGAAAACCUGGCCGACUAUGAUACAAUAAAGAAAAAGUAUCCUGGGAGCAUCAACAGUUUGUGCAGAAAUCUGAAUGGAGCUGUCAGCGCGGAGUUUACGGCAAGCAAUUUUAUACCGUACAACGGUGACUAUCGUUCGGGAGUUGUGUUGGAACAUGGUGCGAAUAUCGAUGCCGCAGACUACAUCGAUUGGCGCUCAAUUAUGAUAUACGGAAGCGACUUUGGGGCUAAAAGGGGCUUAAUGGGGCUGAAAAAGAAAGUCAUCACGAAGACGGACGGCUCAGAAAUCAAGCCAAAUGGAGACCCGUCUGCCCGGGACGUGGCGUUUCUCAUCUGGUGGUACAGUCAACCGGACGAGGACGAUAUGGAUCUGCCGUUUCUGACAGGCGGCGGUUAA